UCAACAUGCACUUUAAUAUAUUACAUAGCUUUUUCAUUGGUAUCCGGUCCUAGAAUCUUUGAUAUUUAAGGAAUCUGAUGUUUUAGAUUUCUCUAUUGGAGCUGAUGGAACUAUAGCUAUUACUAAAAAAGAUAAUGAAGUAUAUAUUAGAACUGAUAAAUGGGAACGAAUUAGUUAUGGAAAUUAUGAACAUAAAAAUGUCUCCGUUUAUAGUUCUUAUUUGAUUUAUACUAUAGAUUCUCGUAAUCAUUUAAUUCAAGCUUUUUAUGAUUCGCCUGACACAUAUAGCUGGGCAUGUUUGGAUUGUUUAAAAAAAUAUUAUCAAAUUUCUUGUCCUAUUUCUCAAAUGGAUGAUGAUUAUAGUGAUUAUAGGUCAUUAUGGAUCAUAGGCAGUGAUCAUUAUAUUUAUAAAUACUCUACUAAUAAAAAAUAUAUUGCUAUAUCAGAAUCUCCAUUUAAACAAAUUAAAGUUUUUAAUGAUCAAUAUAUAAUUGGAAUUGAUAUCAAUAAUAACUUAUGGAAAUAUCGUGAUGGAAAUUGGGUUUUGAUUAGGAAAUAUGUUAAAUAUGCAACUCUUAAUUAUCUUCGUGAAAUUUAUUUUAUUGAUAAUGAUAAUUUAGUUUUUAAAAUGAAAAGUUGAAAGCUUUGUAAUUUAUAUCAUAUGUAAAAAUAAAAUAAAUA